CAAGUGAGUCUGUCGGCCGGACAGCAGCUGCACAACAUGUCACCUCUUUCCUUGUCUAACAACCACCCGCCUUGCUGUUAGUGGAUGAACCUUUUCCUUGAUCCAUGGUGUAAUUCUUCAAGCUGGAGAACGAGAUCGAAAGGUGAAGGUGCAGAACGUGGCUGGAGUCUCUUCCCUCUUUUCCCUGCGAUACAUCCUGUUGGAUCUAAGGAAACGGACUCUCGGUGCUGGUGAGGAAGCAGCAUCACCAUGGGGAAGAAAAGACGAAAGACCAAAGUUAAGACGUUCUCCUUGAAUGUGGCCCAGAGCUGCGUGGAGCUGACGACGGAUGGGAGACAGCGUUUGAAUCUCAGUUUCAAGGAGAUCGCCGUGGUGCCACAGUGCAUCCAGAAGCUUGGUUUGAUGGAUGAACUGGACCUGAGCAGGAACCUGAUCACAAUGGUCCCAAUAGACUUCAUUGAGAGUUUCAUUAGCAUCAGUGUUUUGGACCUGCACAGCAACUAUCUGGAGCAGCUCCCCAAGAGUAUCGGCCGCCUCCAGAACCUUCUGGUUCUGAACCUGUGCAACAACCGGCUGACAAGCGUCCCCAAAGAGCUCGGCCUGCUGACGAAACUCCGCACGCUCAACCUGUGCAUCAACCGGCUGCGCGUUCUUCCCUUCUCCAUCGGCGCGCUGAAGGAGCUCCGCCAUUUCGGCCUCUCCGACAACCAAUUCACCCUCCUGCCCGGAUGCCUCGCCAGAAUGAACAAUCUGGAGACGGUCAAGCUGGACAGGAACCCCAUCGUCGUCGAGGGGACGGCCGUCCAAGAGUCCAUGACGACAGAGAGCAGGUUUCAUCUGGUCAGGGAGAGCGCCUUGUGUGACAUCUGCCUCCAGAAGUGCCAGGCGGAGAGGAUGGAAUUUAGGGAUGAGACAGAAUAAAUGGGUGACCGGGGAUGACAAGGAGAUGUGGAAAUUGGUUUUUUUUAUUUUACCUAUUAAACAAAGUGUAUUGCAACCUCAAUAGGAAACAGGUAUUGUGUUGCAUACUCACACAGUAAGAAGUCUCAGACAACCACCAGGAUGUACAUGAUGCACUUAUACAGUUAUGAAUUUGUUUUUAUGGAGCAAGAGUCCAUUGAGUGUUUUGACAAGAAAAUAAGAUCUUCAAUAGUAUUUUUAAAUAUAAUCAAAAUGCAAGGCAGAGUCAAUGUAUAAUUUUAAUUUUUAUCGGUCACAUGCAGAUAUUGUGUACUAAACCGAUGCGUGUACAAUCCCGUCGACCUAGAGGGCAGCAAAGACUACCAAAAGCAA